AUGCCUACAAAAAAACAAAAACAACCCGUUCUUAUUUAUGGUGUUCCUGAAGAAAAAUCCGCCUCGCUAAACAGUUUCUUUCGACUUCUAUCGCCCUCUCUUUUUUUUUACCCGCCAAAGCGAAAUCAAUUAAUAAUGCCACGAGCAUCAAAACAAAAAGAUCCAAAUGCACCAAAACGUCCAUUAUCAGCAUUUUUUAUUUUUUCACAAGAUGAAAGACCUAAAAUAAAAUUACAAAAUGCUUCAUUAUCGGUUGCUGAUGUUGCUAAAGUUAUUGGAGAAAAAUGGCGUGCUGCACCUGAUGAUUUAAAACGUAAAUAUGAAAAAGCAGCUAAAGAAGCUAAAGAACGUUAUGAAAUUGAAUUACAAGCAUACAAGAAAACUGCUGAAUAUAGUCAAUCGAAAGCUCGAGCUUAA